CGGCGCGGCCGGGCGGGGGCAGGGGCCCGGCCCCGGCGGCGGCAGCAGCGGCGCACGUGAACCCGCCGCGAUGCUGCGCUGGAGCCUGCAGCGCCUGAGUUGCCAGUUCGAGCUUUUUCUCGGCAUCCAUGAAGGCUAGAAGGUAACUUUAAAAAACAAAACGCCAAAGCUGGGAAUCACAGGAGUCCAGGAGCUGGGACUGUAAGAGAAAUACCCGAUAUGUGUGCUGGGGAAGAGAAACGAGUUGGUACACGCACCGUCUUAGCUGGCCACCGCCCCGUGUCUGAAACAGAUGCUUACGUUGCGCAGAAAUUUUGUGACAACAGAAUCGUCUCCUCCAAGUACACUGUCUGGAAUUUUCUCCCGAAGAAUCUUUUUGAGCAGUUUAGAAGAAUCGCCAACUUUUAUUUCCUUAUCAUCUUCCUUGUUCAGGUCAUAGUAGAUACGCCAACCAGCCCGGUAACCAGUGGGCUUCCACUUUUUUUUGUGAUCACUGUUACAGCUAUCAAACAGGGAUACGAGGACUGGUUGAGACACCGAGCUGACAACGAAGUAAAUAAGAGCAAUGUCUUCGUUAUUGAAAAUGCAAAGCAAGUACGAAAAGAGAGUGAAAAAAUCAAGGUUGGGGACAUAGUAGAAGUGAAAGCAGAUGAAACCUUUCCUUGUGAUCUGAUCUUCUUGGCAUCGAGCAGUCCUGAUGGGACCUGCUAUGUUACUACAGCCAGUCUGGAUGGUGAAUCGAACUUCAAGACUCAUUAUGCUGUGCGGGACACCAUGGUGCUGUGUACGCAUGAAGCCAUAGACUCCCUGGCAGCCACCAUCGAGUGCGAACAGCCUCAGCCUGACCUCUACAAAUUCGUUGGAAGAAUUAACAUCUACACAAGUAACCAAGAACCCAUAGCCAGGUCUUUGGGUCCAGAAAACCUGCUGCUGAAGGGUUCUACCUUAAAAAAUACCAAGAAGAUUUAUGGGGUUGCAGUCUACACAGGAAUGGAAACAAAAAUGGCUUUGAACUACCAAGGGAAAAGUCAAAAGCGUUCCGCUGUAGAGAAGUCUAUCAAUGCUUUCUUGGUGGUGUAUUUGUGCAUGUUGCUGAGUAAAGCUACAGUGUGCACCACGAUGAAGUACGUCUGGCAGAGCAAUCCAUUUAACGAUGAGCCUUGGUAUAAUGAGAAGACCAAAAAAGAGAAAGAGGCAUUCAAGGUCUUAAGGAUGUUCACCGACUUCCUGUCGUUUAUGGUCCUGUUCAAUUUCAUUAUCCCGGUCUCCAUGUACGUCACAGUAGAAAUGCAGAAGUUUCUGGGGUCCUUCUUCAUUUCUUGGGAUAAGGAGAUGUACGAUGAAGAAAUAAAAGAAGGAGCUCUGGUGAACACUUCGGACCUCAAUGAAGAGCUUGGACAGGUUGAAUAUGUGUUCACAGACAAAACCGGGACCCUGACUGAAAACAGCAUGGAGUUCAUCGAGUGUUGCAUAGAUGGGCACAAGUACAAAGAGUCCAUUUCCGAGGUGGAUGGGCCUCUGAAAUAUUAUGGUAAAGCAGAAAAGUGCCGAGAAGAGCUGUUUCUGCGUGCUUUGUGCCUGUGCCAUACUGUUCAGAUCAAGGAAGGAGACCAAGUGGAUGGACUGAUUGGGCAUCUGGAACACCGAGCUACCUAUAUCUCCUCUUCACCCGACGAAAUAGCUUUGGUGAAAGGCGCCAAAAAGUAUGGUUUCAGUUUCCUAGGACUUGAAAAUGAUUACAUGAAAGUAAAAAACCAGAACAAUGAAACUGAAAGGUACCAACUUCUUCACAUAUUAAAUUUUGAUCCUGUCCGUCGCCGGAUGAGUGUCAUUGUUAGAACUAUCACAGGGAAGCUGUUCCUCUUCUGUAAAGGAGCCGACUCGUCUAUUUUUCCAAAGGUGCAGCAAGAUGAAAUACAACAAACUAAAGCACAUGUGGAUCGUAAUGCCAUGGAUGGGUAUCGAACACUUUGCGUGGCCUUUAAAGAACUCUCUCAAGCGGAGUAUGAUCAAAUCGAUAAGCAGAUUUGUGAGGCUAAAAUGGCUCUCCAGGACAGAGAAGAGAAGAUGGCCAAGGUUUUUGAAGACAUAGAAGCCAACAUGCAUUUGAUUGGGGCCACCGCGGUGGAAGACAAACUCCAGGAACAGGCAGCAGAAACCAUCGAGGCCCUGCAUGCGGCUGGCAUGAAGGUUUGGGUGCUUACUGGGGACAAGAUGGAGACGGCCAAAUCCACCUGCUAUGCCUGCCGGCUGUUCCAGACCAACACAGAGCUGCUGGAGCUGACCACCAAAACGGUGGGGCAUAGUGAGAGGAAAGAGGACCGGCUACAUGAGCUAUUGAUGGAAUAUCGUAAAAGGCUACUGCAGGACUUUCCCAAAAAUAGGGGAGGCCGUAAAAGGAGCUGGAUGUUGAACCAAGAGUACGGCCUCAUCAUAGAUGGCUCAACGCUGUCACUAAUUUUAAAUCCGUCUCAGGAUUCUAGUUCCAGUAAUUACAAGACCAUUUUUCUACAGAUUUGCUUGAAAUGUACUGCAGUGCUGUGUUGUCGCAUGGCUCCUUUACAGAAAGCACAGAUUGUCAGGAUGGUAAAGAGCACCAAGGGCAGUCCAAUAACACUAUCAAUAGGAGAUGGCGCCAAUGAUGUUAGCAUGAUUUUGGAAGCGCAUGUUGGAAUCGGUAUAAAAGGCAAAGAAGGUCGCCAAGCUUCAAGAAACAGUGACUAUGCUGUUCCAAAAUUUAAGCAUUUGAGAAAACUACUACUAGCACAUGGGCAUUUGUAUUACGUGAGAAUUGCACACCUUGUACAGUAUUUCUUCUAUAAGAACCUUUGCUUCAUUUUACCACAGUUUUUGUACCAGUUCUUCUGUGGAUUCUCACAACAGCCUCUCUACGAUGCUGCUUACCUUACGAUGUACAAUAUUUGCUUCACAUCACUACCGAUCCUGGCCUACAGCCUGCUGGAGCAGCAUAUCAACAUUGAAACUCUGACCUCAGAUCCACAGCUGUAUAUGAAGAUUUCUGAUAAUGCCAUGUUACAAUGGAAACCCUUCUUAUACUGGACCUUUCUGGGCGCCUUUGAAGGACUUGUGUUUUUCUUUGGAGUUUACUAUCUUUUUCAAAAUUCAUCGUUAGAAGAUAAUGGCAAGGUUUUUGGAAACUGGACCUUUGGAACUAUUGUUUUUACCAUAUUAGUCUUCACCGUCACGCUGAAGUUAGCACUAGAUACUCGAUUCUGGACUUGGAUGAACCACUUUGUGAUCUGGGGCUCCUUGGCCUUCUAUGUGUUUUUCUCGUUCUUUUGGGGAGGAAUCAUUUGGCCUUUCCUGAAGCAGCAAAGAAUGUAUUUUGUAUUUGCGCAUAUGGUGACUUCUUUAUCAACCUGGCUGGCAAUAAUCCUCCUGAUCUUCAUCAGCCUUUUCCCAGAGAUUCUUCUAAUAGUUUUUAAAAAUGUAAGAAGGAAAGCCCAGGAACAUCCACUAUCUUCAUGCUCUCUCAAACUUCCAGCAAUCACAGCUUUUCUUGGAGUGAAUAAGAAUGCCCCCUUUGAUCCGCCUAUGUUACUGUCCUACAAACGUAUGGAGAAUGGUUGCAUCUUUAAAUGGAAACCACAAGAGGUUAUUAAUUUGACAGAACGAGGUCCUCUCAGGAUACUGCAAAUGCAGCGAUGCUAAACACAGCGCAUGGCCGUGCUGUAGGACAAGCCGUGUGUCUGUGAACUAACGAUGCUCUCUAAGAUGACACGCACAAUGUAAGCAGCCAUGCUGACACAGCAGUAGCCAAGGCCACAGAACCCAUUUCUUUUGGCUAUUUCCUCCCCCAGAUCUAGAAAUCAGAAAAAGCACGGGAAACAAAAAGCCUGUCCGAAUGGCAAGUCACACUUAGAAUUGCAGGCGAGGUGAAUAACCCAAACUUGAGAGAGACAGAGAGAGGUGGACGCGGCAUUCCCCCUACCACCCUGCAUCUGGAUGGAGACUUAUCUUUUACAGCCACAGCGAUUGUUCCAACAGCAGUGAACUGCUGCUAAAGUCUUAUCCUUUUGCCUGACCAAAGAAGUACGCAGCCUUUUAAACUUAAUUAAGGGCUGGUCCAACUCCAUGAAAGGGAAUGGAAGAAAGUUCCUGUUACCUUGUCGAGAAGUUGGAUUGGACUCUGCCUGGGAGCUACAUGCUGUCCUCUCUAACAACCCCCAUUGCCUUGUGAUGGGGGGCUGCGUACCAGCGUCUGGAGACAGGAUGUGAUCCUUAGAAGCACUGAGCUUUCCAGUGAACACAGCAGGAUGACAUGAAACACUGAAGAAUGAGUUACUGCUGGUGUGAAACAUUCAGUGACCUCAGGGGUAGACAAGUUAGUUGUUCCACGUUCCUUUUAAAAAGUUAAAAGUGUUUUUAUCCAGAAAUCCAAGGAGCUGAUGAAAUAUUUGGAGAGUUCUUACCCGGUGAGAAUUUUCUUUCCAUGUUACAAUUGGUUUUUUUGUUAUUUCUGAAAGAGGUUAAAGGAAAAAUAAUGAGUAUUUUCCCCUUUUAUGUCCUGGAAAUAAACAGAAUCCUUCUGUUUGAGAGUGCCUCUCUGGUCAGAGAAAAAAAAUCAUAGUCAAAAGUCAUGUUGUGCCAAAUACUCAGCCCCAGCUGGGUCUCCUUAUUGUGUUCGCACGAAUGCCGGUGCAGUUGUUUAAACACUUUUUAAGGAUCUGGUUGCCAGCCACAGUGAGGGGCUUGGAUGUCCUGAUGAGGUGUUUGCACCUGUUAAUAACAGCAUCCUCAGCUAUUUGCACUGACAAAAAGCCCAGGCCAGUUUAAAAAUACAGGAAUCAAUACAUCUAGUUGUAGGCGGUUACAUGUUACCACAUUCGAAAACUAAGAGGUUCUUCUUAAAUCUGCCUUUAGCAAGUUGCUGGGAGCGGUGAUUUCAGUUCGAAAUACUGUACAUGCAGAGCAUGAGGGUGCAAUGCUGGACACUCAGCUCCGUGGUGGUUGGGACGCAGGAAAAGCAGUACCUUUUGUUGCAAAAAGUCCUCGGCGCAUGUGUAUUGCAUCUCACAAGAAGCGCAAUUGCUUGUUGAAUUUUUACCGGUAAUCUUCCCUCGUUGACUUCCCCCUCGCUGUGUCUGAUCCAGGUGUGUCUGUCUGGAAGGGCCCACACAGACUGUAAAGCAUGAGAACGUGCUGUUGGCGUUGUGAUCAGUUGUCGAGUGGGUGGUUUGGCAGGCGGCUGACUCCAUCCAUCUCUUUUUCCGGUUUCCGUUGUAGUUUCCUCCAGGACCCACCUCCUGCAGCCGUGUCCUUCCAUACCUCCUCUUCUCAUACGUUAUGUGGUCUCCCCUCUGGGUGCUUGCCUUCUGUACACCUCAUUGCUACUCUGUCUCAUUCCACAAUUUCACGCAUCCUUUUCGCAUGUUCAGUUCAUCUUCCUCUUUCUAUACUUGCAUCUUUCAGCUCACUUCCUACAGCUGCUACAGUUAUCUCUUGCUCAGUCUCUUCUCAGCUUCCCAAUGGUUGCCUUUAAAACUCAGUGUUGCAGUUUGCAACCAGCUGAAAUCCAUCUUUGUUAAAACCAAAGUCUCUGACCCAUACAACACCAUGGGGAUGUAAUCAUUUCUGUACAUCGUUAACUUAUCAUUCGUGUCCCACGCCAGCCUCCUAAAACACUUCUAAAAGAAAAGAAAUGCAUUUAAUAACAUGGUACAAUUGGGCGGAAGAAUUGGAUGCAUAGUUGAUUGGAUGAAGGUCCAUCUGAGCCUAACAUCCUGUUAGGCUAGUGUAUUUAAAGCACACCAAAGUCUUAGCUAACAGCACACAAGAGUAACGGAGCCAGCAUUAUGUCUGGUUAACUUUGACUUCCCAACCUGAAUGACCAGGUACCCGCUUACACCCGGGUCAGCUUUGGCAUGAGCCUGGAGUAGGGCUUCCACUCAUGCCUCCAGGGCCGUAGCAAGCUCUGCCACUGUGCCCAUGGCCACAAUUAAUUCCAUGUAUAGAAAAGAUCAGGCUCCUUUUCCAAAGCAGUAGAAACUGUUGUAUCACACCGUGAUUGCAGUUUAACACCCUGAGAAAUAUUGCUUUCAGUCUCCAUUUUGCAGCAAACUUCCCAUCACCAUGACAUUUUAGCAAAUAACGGCAAAUAAUAUUGGGGAAAACUAUCCCCAUGUCUUGCAUACCUCUCUUCUACAAGUUUAGAAGCUCUAAAGCUGGAACGAAAUGGCAAGCACUUGGGAGAAACCAGGGGGAGUGAGAUUUAUGCCUGAUCAUUUUAAUUCUAAAUGCUGAAAGUUAUUUCAGUCCCUUGGAUUCUGUCCGGCUGCCUGGGAAGCGUUGAUGGCUGGCGUGGACUAUAGCCAAAACUAGAUUGGGAUCCACUGUCGCGCACUCAUUGCAAACAAAUCGUGACGCACGUGGAAGCCGUCGCACAAAGCCUUAAAUUGCUGAAUAUGGAGUGGAGGAGGGAAGGGAAUAGGAACUGCAUGCAAGAGGUCUCUGCAACCUGCAUGAGAUGCAGACAGCACUAAGGGAUUGGUACGUGGGGCAGCCUCGCCAAUCUUGCAAAGACUGGGAGGGCUGCGGGGCCCUUUUAUUACCCGUUAUGUGUCAGUGGCUCCGGUCCUCCCUGCAUCAAGCCAAGGAUUGCAUUUCCCUUGGAGCAAAGCCAGUGUCCUUUAGCUCUUCCCAUGGCACUGGAAGUCAGCUUUCCGAUGGUUGACAUUUAUGAGUAGCCUCGUGCCUGCCGACCUAGCCCGCUAGUCCGCUGAAGAUGGGGUCUCCAGGCCAGCUCCAGCCUUUCUGCUUAGACGCACAGUUCUGUUUCUCCGUUUACAUAACCGUUUAAAAUAGGGACAGUGACACGCAUCAUUCCAGCAAUUCGAAACCAUUCCACGCUCAAGGUCCUCACGUCUGGCCCCGAGAGCCACCUUCGCGGUUUGCUUCAUAUCAUAUCCUGUGGAGAGGGUCCCAUUCUGCACCCAUGCAACUCAGGGUUUUGCCUUUGACUUCAGUGGGAGCAGCAGGAAGAAGCUCAGAGUUUAUACUGUAGAGGUGUUGGGGGGGAAGGGUGGAGGGGCUGUAUGUUGGGAGGGGUCCAUCCUGGUAAAGGGUGGCAUUCACAUACAUAGGAAGUAUUCAUCUUGCAUUUUAGAAGAAUGAGCCUCUCAUUUCUCAGUAUCAAGAUAAACAGUUCAUUAUAGCCAUAUACCCAAACCCAGGACAGGUCUGAGAUGAAUAAACAUAGAUUGUCAUUAAACUGUUCAAAAAGCAGGUUUUCCUGGGCUGACUGCAGCUAACUUAAUGUUAUCAACAGAACCACACUGACUUACACCAAGUGAAGAUUUGGCCCUCGACUCAGAAAUAGCAACGGUCAAAUCCUCGUGCUCCAGGCGCAAGGUGGUGUAAGAGGAAAUAGGAGGGCCGGAUCUGGAAUUAAAGAGCUGGCUCUCCAGUGCUGCCAGUAGCUAGCAGGGCAAGAUGGAGAAUGGCAAUAAUUGGAUAGGGGCACAGUAAUGCUGUGACUGCUGUUCAUACAAAGUACUCCAAGCUGCAUUGUUAUGGUACUUUUUACUAACGAGCAAAAAGGUCAGUACGUGUUCCCAGGUAGAAAAACCUGAAGGAAACUGGUUAGUAUUUCUAAUAAUAGUUCAUUGCAAUUAAAUCACUGAUUAGUGAUGCUGGAAGGUAAGAGGAGUAAUUAACCACUCCCUACCUGUUUCAAGUAAUAGUGGCAAAUCUGAUACGGUCACUUCUGUUUUGCAAACUAAUCUUCAUUGUACGAGGAUGUUAUUAUAAAUGAUCCAAAAUGACAAAAAAAACGAGUAAAAUUUGCAUACUCACUUCCUGAUGGAAAAUAUAACGAAUAUAUUGCAACAUCCAUCCCACGUCUUGGCUACGGAAUUUUUUUAAACAACAUGUAGUAUAUAAAAAGGAUGUAAAUUAUACACAGGUGACGAGAAGAAACAUUUUUCAGCUUUUGGCAAAAAAAACCCCAACCCAACCAACCCUGGGACUGCAACCUUACAUUUUUUCACUUAAAAGCAAUUUUAUACAUUUAUGUUGCUUUAUAUAACAGAAAUUGAAUGUGAAUGUUACCUUUUCUGAAUGCAACUUGCCCUUUUUUCAUUACAGAAAUUUUUGUUUGGAGUAAUCAAUAAACUUUGGUAUGUUGUUCUGAUUAA